UGGCUGUCGUUGUUACAACCAACACUCUCUGUUACCACAUCAUCUAAGUUUUUAGUUCCUUCUGCUCCAUUCUCUUUCUGUACUUUUGUAAUGGCUACUCUUCAAUCUCUUGCAUUUUCGCCUGCACUUUCUCACACUUCACAUCAUCAGCCUCGCUCUCUUCUUGGAAUAGCAUCAGGGGUGGUUCAUCAAAGUUCAGGCUCUUCAUUCAAUGGCCAGCGUUUGUACAUACCUCGUUCACGUUUCACAUCCAAUAUCCAAAACCAGAAAAUGACCAGACUAAGUAUAAUGAUGGUUCAGCCAAAAAUUCAGUUCAUACAAGGAACUGAUGAACAGACAAUACCAGAUGUGAAGUUAACCAAAUCAAGGGAUGGGACAAAUGGUAUGGCCAUAUUCAGGUUCGAUCAACCCUCCGUAUUUGAUUCAUCUGGUGAAGUUGGAGAUAUCACUGGAUUCUACAUGAUUGACGAAGAAGGGGUUCUUACGUCAGUUGAUGUAAAUGCCAAGUUUGUUAAUGGAAAGCCUGCAGGAAUUGAAGCUAAGUAUAUUAUGCGGACUCCAAGGGAAUGGGACAGGUUCAUGAGAUUUAUGGAGCGGUAUGCUAAUUCAAAUGGCUUGCAGUUUGUUAAAAGUUGAGAUUGUAUGUUUCUCUUUUGCCUGACCAAUUUCCUGAAAUUUUUGUCUGUCAUAUUGGUUUAUGAGUAAUUUAGUUCAAAAGGUGUAAACUUGAGAAAUCUUUUCAGUGCUUGCUGACAAGAUAGCUUCACCAAUUUACAGUUAGAUGUUACUUCUAGUUCCUUUUA